UUUUUAAAUAAUUGUAGAAAAUGUUCAAAAGAAACAAUUUACCCCAGAAAAAGAAAUUGUCUUUGUCUACUGAAGAAAUAAAAAAUGAUAUUGAAGCAGUAUGGUCUUGCGAGGAACAACGAAAUAUGUUAUAUUAUUGUUUAGAUGAAAAACCCCCACUGGAGGAAUACAAACUUGCAAAAAUGGAAGAGUUUUUAACAGGAUCCAACAAUUUAGAAAGCGUUCAUGAAACUUUAAAAAAUCUAGUUCAAGAUGUACAGAAGUUAACAGAUGAAAUUAAUAGUAGUGUUAAUGAAAUUAAAAACAGAACUGCAGAUAUUGAACUUAAGAGGGAGUCAUAA